CAGGCAUGGGGGGCUGACAGAGCCCCUUCCAGGCCUUAGGCUGAGAGCAGAGCCUGACCUCAGGGUGGGGGACAACAGAUGGCAGGCGGCUUGGGGCCUCAGGAAGGUGCGUGGCAAGUCCCAGGGGACGGUGAGAAAAGCCGGCCCCAGACUUUGGCUGGGACAGAGAGCAGACGCCAGUCCAGAGGCUGCUUCGCCCACUGCGCCGUGGGAGUGCCAGGCAGCGAUUGGCUCCCAGUGCCCCUUACCCUGCAGGGGACGGGCUAAGGCCCAUGGCUUCCCUCCCUUCCCCUGGUCUUUUGACCCCUCCGAGCCCCUCCCCUCCCCUCCUCGGACACCUUUGCCCGGUGACGUUCGUCUCUCCCAUGUGGACCCGGCUGGAGGCUGGGGCUGGAUCCCGGCAGCCAUGUUCUCCCUGCCGUCCCUCCCCUCCUGGGUCCCCAGCCUCCCCGCCCUCCAGUGGGGCUCCAGCCUCCUGGACUCCCUCCUGCAAGGCCUCAUUGGGGCCUGUGGAGUGUCCGUUCUCAACAGCCUCCUGAAGGUCUACUUCUUCGUGGGCUGUGCCAACAACCCAAAAAGGCGGCUUGAAAAGGAGCGACUGCAGGCCCAGUGGGCCUCCCUGGAGACGGUGCACCUGGCGGGGCUGGCCCUGAUUCUGACUGUAGUGGGGGCCCGGGUGGCUGCCCUGGUGGCGCUGGAGUUCUCCCUCAGGGCGGUCUCCACGCUGCUCUCCCUGGACAAGGGCUCCCGGGGCACUGAGAGGCUGCAGCUGUACCUGCUGUGCCAGUUCUCCCUGGGCUGCGGACUGACCUGCGGCCUGAGCUUCCUGCAGGAGGGCGCCCCGCACAGCACUUUCAACCUGCUGCUGGGGCUCCUGCUGGCCGCGCUGCUCAGCACAGGUGCCCGGCGCCUGCGCCACCACGUCUGCCGCCUCUAUGAGCUGCACAGCAGCCAGCACUACUGCGGGGUCUGCCUGGGCCUGCUGGCCGGUGGCGAUGACCUGCUCCGGCUGCUGGGCCGUGCCCUGGCCAUGGCCUUCAUCGUGGGUGACCUGGCGGCUGUGGCCCUCAUCAACCGGGACUUCCUGACCACCUCGGAGGCCGUGCGCUUCUGGACGCCGCUCACCAUCUGCUACACCCUGCUGGUCAUCUACAUGCAGGAGGCGCAGCAACUGCACCCCGGGAUGCAAGGCCAGGUCCAGACGGUGCUGGUGCGUAUGGGUGGCCUCUUUGUGCUGCUGCUGACGGUGGGCAGCUGGCUGGACCUCCUCGGUAUUUCUAUCUCCCUCCUGGGCGAGCUCUGGUGCCUGGUGGGCGCCCGCACCCUGAUCGACCUCUGCCAGACACAGGAUUUUCCAUACCAGAGGCCUGCAGCAUCUGUUUCAAGCCAGUCCCAGGCCUCAGCACCGGCCCAGGCCCAGGCCCAGCCCUCAGCAUCUGCCAAGCCCCAGAAAGCAGCCCCGUCCUGACCUGCCUUCACAAGGACUUGCCAUCUGUCUCAGGCCACCCGGGAUCACUUGGAGGACUGAAAAUCCAGGAUGCUGCCUGAAAAUGGAGUGGCAGGGCUGGCCCCCCACCUGGCUGGGGGCCCUCGGGAAGGGUAGGGCACCUGAAGGCUGCUGGGUAAUCUCUUUUCCUCAGGGCAGCCCAUGGAUAGAGACCCUGGGCCUACCUUGCUAGGAGGGCAGAGGGAUAGGGAGAGAACUACCUGCUCAGAACGGCUUCCCCUGUCCCGGCCUCCCCUGCCCUCUCCAUGAACAAUAAAAAUUAUUUUCAAUCUGUGCUC